AUGGAAGGAAUAUUAUUUAAAUGGACGAAUUACAUUAACGGAUGGCAGCAAAGGUAUUUCACUCUACGUGAUGGGAUUCUCUCCUACUAUACAUCAGAGAUGGACAUUGAUACCGGCUGCAAGGGUGCUCUCAAAGUAUCAGCUUGCGAAGUAGUCGUGCAUCCGACCGAUGCUUGUCGUUUUGAAAUUCUCAUUCCGGGAGAGCAACGUUUCUUUCUCAAGGCGGCGACCCCGACUGAAAGGCAGCGGUGGAUCAUUGCUUUGGGAAGUUGCAAGGCGGGUAUAACAAACGUGGAUGAGGUGGAAAAGAUGCAGCAAAUAGAACGUUCAAUCGAGGCUAAGCGUUCAGAGCUUCGCAUAAAUCGUGACCUUUUGGCUCAGCAAAUCACCGAUGUCUGUAGUGCGCUGAAGUCACAGGCUGAUGAAAAUCAGGAAAUGAUUGAGGCCGUGUCAUCAUUGAAAGCCACCUGUGACACACUGCUAUCCAAUGCAGAUGAGUUAAUUAACCUUUUGAUGAACUCGAGUCGAUCCAAGGCUGUCCUCUCGGCUAGCAACAUCGAUGGAAGUCCAAUGGGUAAUAGACGAUCAUAUGCAUUGCCACAGAGUCUUCAAAAUGAUGCAUCCAGUGGUUCUGGGGUCACAGCAGCCCCAAGCGGGUGGCUGAUUCGGUUAAUAAAUUGUCACCUUAACCUGAUAAUCUGGACGCCAUUUUCCACCUCCAGCUUUGAGGAUCUGGCUCUAUCCUAUUCAGCCGCUGCCACCACUUCAAUCUCUGCGGUGGAGUUCCUUGCCUGUUGUCGCAGUGCUCUUUCCUUCUUCCCUGCGCUUGCAGCCGUCAGUUCUACCUCCUCCUCUUCUCCUUCACAGUCGGAUACUUCGGUCAUUCUUGGUCAGCUGGGAAGCCUGCAGACGGUGUAUGCCGGCGUGUUGGCUGACAUUGUACGUCUGGAACUUGCAGUAAAAACGCUGGCCAAUGCCGGGGAAGGUGCUGAAACAGGGACAAUAUCGAAAGAGGUGGCAAAACAACGGUCGUUAGCUCUGUCGUUAGCGGAUAUUGUGAAUGCUGAGAUGCGGACAAAUCAAUGUCGAACUUCGGGAUCGGCGUAUCUGGCGUUGUUGUGGCUUGCAAGGUCGCUCAAUUUUACAGCCACCUUCCUUGACCUCCUCUUCAAAGACAGCACAACUGUUUUUCAAUCCAAUCCCUCGUCUAAUGCUCUGGUCUCCGCCAUUGCAACCAAGGCCUACACCAAGUCUCUACAAGCCUUUCACGAUUGGUCUGUGCGGGGAACUGCUACGGUUAUCCUUAAAGCCGUGCCUAGUGCUGAAUGCCUUCAAAAUGUGCUGUUGGACCUUCCUCAGAAUGUGAAGCCAUGGCAAGGGAUGGAGGCCAUGGGGCAGCUACAGUUGGACGUUGAGCGAUUUGUAGAGGCCUUGUGCCGAUGUUUGGCUUGUAUUCACAGCCUCUUCAUCGAACGACAUCUUGAUCCUGUGUUUCCUCCGGAAUCUAAAGAAUAA